UGUAUCAUUCCACAUAUUAAACAACAGUAAUAAUAUGUAUGUGCCACAUCCACUUUCUAAUCAUCAGCUUUUUUAUUCAGCGGACCAACAAUGUUACAGCAGCGUUUUGCAGCAUGGCAAACCUUCACUCGACCAUCACGGGGACGGUGAAGGCCACAUAUGGACUCUGCAAGACCAUUCUUACAUCCAGAAACUGUCUGAGCACUGUAGCGGCGUCAACUCUGCCAAGAAUGGAAUCCGACCUCAUUGCAUGACCCAGGUGGACCAAAACGAUGACGUUUUAGUCAAAGCUAAUGGAACAAGCAAGAACAGUGGCAUCUUUUUUAAGAUCUACCCCUGGAUGAGAGAGGCGCAGUCAACCACAGGUCCUGAUACACCAAACUUCUGUCAACCAGGCUUAUCAACAUGUAGCAGUGAGAUCUUUACUACAGAAAGCACAAAAAGAAAUGACAACAGCUCCAACAAGAAGCGUACACGUUCUGCUUUUACCUCCUCCCAGCUACUGGAGCUUGAAAAAGAGUUUUACUUCAGUGCCUACCUGUGUCGACCACGGCGCCUUGAGAUGGCCUCAGUGCUAAAGCUCACUGACCAGCAGAUUAAAAUCUGGUUCCAGAACCGCCGCAUGAAGUACAAGAAGAAUUACAAAGGGAAGGUGACAGCUUGGCCAUCAUAUUUAGGUUUCCCUUCUUCUGCAGGACCAGAUGGUGCAAUGGACACAGCCUCACACAUGUUCCAGUAUGUGAAACAGCCAACGUCCAGUGUAAAAUGUACUCAACGCAACUUUGAGCCGAUGCACAGAGAUUGGUUCUUCUAUACAAAGUCACCUGUACCUGUCACCGGCACAGCAAUGGACCAUAAUAAUGUUCCUGUGGCCACACCUGGAGAUUCACUUUUAGUCUCAGGCCCAGACCCCUCUUUGCACAAGCAAAACAAGGGCUGGUAUGACAAGUUAUAGGUAUGAAAAGUCAGAGUCAGAUCUUCGAUUAUUCGUGCUUUGACUUAAUUUAUAUAAAAUCCAACAAAAUCAGCCUUGCUUGUUAAAAUUCCUGUUGCAUGAGAUUGGAUUGCCAUGCCAUACUCCCUCUAAGCACACUCCUAUACCUGCCAACAUUUUAAGAAGAGACAGGAUUUGUUGCCCUAAGAAGUUGAUUUACAGGCAGAUCAUUGACUUUGUAGAGCUGCUGAGCCAAGUUCACUAUCGUGGGCGAAGGGCCUGAGGAGAAUUACAUUACGUUAUCAGCCAAUAUGCAGUGAAGCUGGGAGGGAUUCCUCUGUGGAUAAGCUGGAACAGACUCUGGGAAAAGUACAGAGAUUUAUUAAACAUGGACGUGUGCCCACUUUUGAGAGUGAAUCUUAUGAGCACAGCUAAUGCUUAGUUCAAUGUAAGCACCCAACACUAGCAUGUGCAGUUAUUAUUUUAAUGUUAAAUGUGAGAGGAUAACGUAUUGCCUUAUGUAUGUGUCAAACCAUAUUUAUGCUCUUUAAUUAUACCACAUGUAAGAUGUGUUUUUGUUUUAUUCCAGAACUUUAAAUUAAUUUCCUCCUGUGACUAAAUUAUUUGAAGAAGUAAUGUUCAGUUAAAAAAAUAACUUAUUUGUGUACAUAGAUGGAUAUUGAUAGAUACUGUAUGGUGUAAAAAUAAAUAGUCAGAGUUACACAUCAUAGCAUACUGUGCAUGGUGCAUUAAUGCAAUGAUAUUGGAAGAACCGAGUUAUCAAGCAUAUUUAAAAUAAAAAUUCAGUUACUUUCGUUGUUACACAUUAUUGUCACAGCUUAUUAAAUUAAUUAUAAUAUUACACAAAUUAAACUUGAGCAAAACACAAAACAUGUAAAACGUUUUUUUCUUCAUGAAACAAAGUUCUUCAAUACCUUGAUCACUUGUGUAUAAAUUGUGUUUUGACUUAAUAACCCAUUGCACCAACUAUAACAGCAAUUACUAAAACUAAUUUUAAUUUAGACUUUCACAGUACUGUGGAUACAUUUUUAGCCCGCUCUUCUUUACCCUAAUUCAGACACAGUGCUCAAUUUGUGGGCAUGAACAGAUUAUCAACACCAUCUUUAUUGUGUACUUUGACUAUGCCGCUCCAAAACUUCACUUGUAAAAAAAAAAAAAGGAUUUUUGUCCCACUGCAUAAAUCAGUGCCUCAUAUUCAGUUCGUGGACAGAUUACCUUAUAUUCUCCUCUGGAAUAUUCUGACAGGGUGAAAAUAUUCACUUUCAAAAUAACUACAAGUCAUUAGGGUACUGACUCAGCAGAAAACACCCACACCAAUAAAUACACAAUCCUCUUAGACAGGUGGUUUUAUGUUCUUAUUCUGAAAUGCUAUUUUCACUUUUUACCAGUUAUACUAAGACCCUUAUUUAAACUUGCAAUAACAUUUUUAACCACCACUGUACAAACAAGCUUGAAAGCAAAUGUUAAUAAUACUCUAAAAAUGUGUUUUUGGAAUUAUUUGUAUGUCAGUUGAAUAUUACAAAAUUAAUAAAUAUA